UUACACCAAAUUAUGAUAUAAAUACAGACAAGAAUAAUACGUAUGGGUACUGCAGGCCAGGUGGUUUACUCAGCAUUGCAAUGCUUAAACAUAUGUGGUUAGAAACCAUUGACUGUGAGCAGGGGACAGAAUUGGCCCAUCCUACCACACUGUUUUGUGAAGCACUAAGGCUAAAUUUUGUGAGCAACCAAUAUUGGAAGUCACGAGCUACCACUGACAUUAAGGAGGGCACCCCACCAUAUCACCCAAAGUUGAUUAAGAAUAAGUAAAGAAUUCAUAGACAUUUAGAAGUGAUUACCAAGACAUUUUUUCAUUGUAAUUGGAAAAAGGGAAUGUGAAAUUCCAGCAAAAAUAUUUCUGUAUCUUCAUAAAUUAUUAAUUAAUGAGUUUAUACAUUUUCAGGAAAUAAAUUUUAAAGCCUGUAUCUGUGAAAACGUAGCAAUCUUUGUACA